AUGGCUGAUAUGGAUAUUGUUCGUGUUGGGGGGUGGAAAUCAGCCGAGUCUAGAGAUAUCGUGUGCGCCGAUGCCACGGGCGAAGAAAUCCGUGCCGCUGACAACAGCGUUUUGGAGGCCGCAAUGGAAGCAAAGACUGUCUCCCACGCACGACAAUCGGCCGAAAACUUGAGCAGAAAAAGAGUAUUGGAACCGAAAGCUGCAGAGGAUUUGCUGGUUGCGUUAGAGAAGGAAGGGAGUCGGCGGCCGCGGGUGACCGCCGCAGAAAUCAAGUCGGAGUAA